CUCCCCACCUUCCUUCCCUUAACUUGAGCUUUCAGCUUUCUUCUCCUUCUCCUCUCUCCCUCGAGAGCUAAUAUUUAUGGAAACCAGCUGUCUAUGAGCUCUGCUCUACCCCCUCUCCCUCUCUCUCUCUCUCUCUCUCUCUCUCUCUCUCUCUCUCUCUCUCUCUGCUCUGUGUCUCGUUCUCAGUAUUUCUCUGGGGAAGGGUUGAAGCAGCACACUUGGUUGAGCUCGCAGGGAAAAAGGGAGAGUGGAUAAAGUGAAACUGUGGGUGUCAAAAUGGGGAUUUGCUUGAGCGCCCGAAUCAAAGCUGAAAGCCCGUGGCACACAGGGACGAACAUGAAAUCCAUUAGCACUGGCGGGACCGACCUCAGCAGUUCGACUUCAAACAGCAAGGCCUCCUCUGUGGCACCCCCAACUCCACGGAGUGAGGGCGAGAUUUUGCACUCUUCGAAUGUGAAGAGUUAUAGUCUUGCUGAACUGAGAGCGGCCACUCGGAACUUUCGCCCUGAUAGCGUGUUAGGAGAAGGCGGGUUCGGUUCUGUCUUUAAGGGGUGGAUCGAUGAGAACACGUCAGCUGCAGCAAAGCCUGGGACUGGGAUGGUCAUUGCCGUGAAAAGGCUGAACCAAGAAGGCUUUCAGGGCCACAGAGAGUGGUUGGCAGAAGUUAAUUAUUUGGGGCAACUCUAUCACCCUAAUCUCGUGAGACUGAUGGGGUACUGCUUGGAGGAUGAGCACCGACUUUUGGUAUACGAAUUCAUGCCGCGUGGCAGCUUAGAAAACCAUCUUUUUAGGAGAGGAUCCUACUUCCAACCUCUAUCAUGGAGCCUUCGCUUGAAGGUUGCUCUUGGGGCUGCAAAGGGGCUUGCAUUCCUUCACAGUUCUGAAGCAAAAGUGAUCUAUCGGGAUUUCAAAACUUCAAACAUUCUGCUUGACUCAAACUAUAAUGCCAAGCUUUCUGAUUUCGGGUUAGCAAAGGAUGGCCCCACGGGUGAUAAAAGUCACGUCUCCACCCGGGUUAUGGGGACACAUGGGUAUGCUGCCCCUGAAUAUCUUGCUACAGGCCACCUGACAGCAAAGAGCGAUGUUUACAGUUUUGGGGUUGUGUUGCUGGAAAUGCUGUCCGGCAGGAGGGCAAUAGACAAGAACCGUCCGCUGGGAGAGCACAACCUUGUCGAGUGGGCCAAGCCCUACUUAGCCAAUAAAAGGAAGGUCUUCCGUGUACUUGACAACCGCCUUGAGGGCCAAUACAAGAUAGAGGAGGCCCACAAGGCCACAACCCUGGCCCUCCGGUGCCUGUCAAUGAACAUAAAGUUCAGGCCCAACAUGGAAGAUGUGGUGGUAGCAUUAGAACAACUUCAAGCUCCUAAGGGAAACGAGAAUGGCCAGAGCAAAUCCGGGAAUUCAAAUAACCAGAGGGUUCGAAGACAUAGUGCAGAUGAUGCCAGAAGUACAAACAGACCAGUUUCGUAUCCUCGACCAUCUGCUUCCCCUCUUUAUGCUUAGAAAUCUAAGAACUAAAAGUGAGCGAAGAGGUAGCUUCUGAUGUCGAAUAUGUGGCAACUCACCUGCAGUACGGACAAUGGGAUUCUUGCCUAGAUCUAGUCUAAGAAAAUUCUCAGACUGAGCGAUUGCAACUGCUUGUCAAUGUCGUGGGUACUAUCGAGGCAUGAUCACUAACUGUAAGAUGGCAGUGAUUUGGUCCAGUCUAUAUGCAUCUUUUCUUGGACCGUCUAGGUUAGGAUUUCUCUGGGUGAACAAGGUUCUUGAUUGGGAAUCCAUGGGGUAGAUGGGUUGUCGUCUGAUCAAUGUACAGUUGUUUGGUGACUAGACUGAGUCAUGGUAGAGACUUGUCUCUGUCGGGUUGGGUCUGUAAUGUUGUAUGUUUUGCAGGGAAGAAUUGAGGUUGGCUUCAAAGCUGAGGUUUAUAGUUUUGACUAAUAUGUAAUGGUAAUUGUGUAUUUCUCUUCUCCCACCCUGACAAUCUACUUCUGGUUUUACUGACUGAGGAAGUUGCAUAUAUAAUGCGGUUGCUUCCAUCUUA